AUAAUAUAUAUACGUAUGUAAGACACUUUACCUUGCAGGUUUAUGCUCUAUGUUGAAGAAUCUUGAGGUCCUUGACUUGUCUUACAACAACUUCAAUGACAGUGAUAUUGCAUCUGCUCUCAGUGGACUUUCUUCUCUCAAGUCUUUAAAUUUAGGAUACAGUGAAUUGACUCCAAGAUCAAUUCUUAAUAUAUCAAAGAUAAGGUCUCUGGAGAUUCUUGAGAUGGAGGGGAACCAGUUGAAUGAGACUAGUUUUUGGCGUUUAGAGAAGGAUGGAUUUACGUGGCCACCCAAUUUACAAGUCCUAAAGCUGACUUCAAACAGUUUCUCCAAUGAAUUUCUCUCAUCUCUAAGUGGGCUUCAAUUUCUCAAAUCCCUUGAUUUAAGAUCAAACCGAUUAAACGGAUUGCUCGAUAUAAGUGGUUAG